AGAGUGGCGGCCAGCGAAGCUCGGCAUGAGCGUGCUGGCGAGGUCCCGCGCGGGUCGGGUGUGCGCCGCGGCGCGCAUGGUCAUUCCCCGUAUCUGGAGAGCGAAAUACUGCAGCUCCGGGAAUGAGCGGGCAGAAAACAACUCGGUGACGCCAAUGCUGCGGCAUCUUAUGUACAAAAUAAAGUCUACGGGCCCCAUCACUGUGGCUGAGUACAUGAAGGAGGUGUUAACCAACCCGGCCAAGGGUUAUUAUGUGUACCGUGACAUGCUAGGAGAAAAAGGAGAUUUUAUUACUUCACCUGAAAUAAGUCAGAUCUUUGGGGAGCUUCUAGGGAUAUGGUUCAUUAGUGAAUGGAUAGCCACUGGAAAAAGUACAUCUUUCCAGCUGGUGGAACUGGGCCCAGGUAGGGGUACCCUCGCAGGAGAUAUUUUGAGGGUGUUCAGUCAGCUUGGAUCUGUGCUGAAAAACUGUGACAUUUCAAUACAUCUGGUAGAGGUGAGCCAAAAAUUAAGUGAGAUUCAAGCAUUGACACUGACUGAAGAGAAGGUCCCAUUAGAGCGAAAUGCUGGAUCCCCAGUAUAUAUGAAAGGUAUUACCAAGGCUGGGAUUCCAAUAUCCUGGUACCGAGAUCUGCAAGAUGUUCCAAAAGGGUACAGCUUUUAUCUUGCACAUGAAUUUUUUGAUGUUCUUCCUGUGCAUAAGUUUCAGAAAACACGACAUGGAUGGCGAGAAGUAUUCGUUGACAUUGAUCCGCAUGUUUCUGAUAAACUGAGGUUUGUUUUGGCACCUUGUACCACCCCAGCAGAAGCCUUCAUACAGUGUGAAGAAACAAGGGAUCAUGUUGAAGUAUGUCCUGAUGCUGGUGUUAUUAUUCAGGAACUUUCUCAACGCAUUGCACUAACUGGAGGUGCUGCACUGAUUGCUGAUUAUGGUCAUGAUGGAACAAAGACAGAUACCUUCAGAGGAUUUUGUGGCCACAAGCUUCAUGAUGUCUUAAUUGCCCCAGGAACAGCAGACCUAACAGCUGAUGUGGACUUCAGUUAUCUGCGCAGAAUGACACAGGGAAAAGUAACCUCUCUGGGCCCAAUAAAACAACAAACAUUUUUAAAAAAUAUGGGUAUUGAUGUCCGGCUGAAGGUUCUUUUAGAUAAAUCAGAAGAGCCAUCAAUAAGGCAGCAAUUACUUCAGGGGUAUGAUAUGUUAAUGAAUCCUAAGAAGAUGGGAGAAAGAUUUAACUUUUUUGCCUUGCUAUCUCAUCAGAGACUUCAUGGUGGAAGUCAUGAGAUGAAUGCAUGUCAGUCAAAACCCUCUGCAUCACCUGUAGCUGGGUUUGGUGAACUUGUCUGGCGAUGAUAUUUCAAACUUGGACUUUUUAAACCCUCAAUCUGCCUAAGAAAUCAAAAUAAGAGAACACAUUUCAUACAUCGCAGGUAACAUAAGUGUUAAAAGCAUUUUAUCUUUUCACAGACAGUAAGAAUAGCCCAUGUUAUGAAUAAACAACUGGAAUUAUAGAACUUUUAGGGUUAUGACUGACUUUUAGUAAAAGUGUGUUCAAUUUAAUAAAACAAUUAAGUUAUUAAA